AUGGAAGUGAAUGAGACUUUGUUGAAUGUGGAUGCCCUCAGCCUAACGGAUCAGGACAUUUCUCCGCCCCCCACCCCAGUGGGCCAGGAGGAGAGGGACGAGUGGGACACAGACCUGGAGAUAGAGGUGGCCAAGCCCAUCAGGAAGGAGGAGCUGUCCAAUCGGGAGCUGUACCUGGAGGCAUGUGACCUGCUGGGCGUGGUCCCCGUGUCCCACUUCCUGCGGCACCUGGGCUCCGACAAGGUCGACCUCACGCACCACGGCCUGGGACCCCUGGGGGCCAAGGCACUGGCCAUCGCACUGGUGACGGAUAUGAACGCCACCAGUCUGGAGUUGGCAGAUAACCACAUCUUAGCUGAAGGGGCGAAGUACAUCGUGGAGAUGCUCAGAGCCAACUUUACUAUCCAGCAUCUGGAUCUUUCCAAUAACCACCUUCAGUCUGCUGGGGCAGAGUGUGUUGCAAAACUGCUACUGGAAAACAUUUCCAUCAAAACCUUGAAACUAGCAGGCAAUGAAUUCAUGGAGGAUGAUGCCAAGUACUUUGCUGAUGCCUUGGCGAGUAACUACAGAGUAAAGGAACUGGAUUUAAGUCAUAAUCAAUUUGCUGGGAGUGGAGGAGAUCAUCUGGGACAAAUGCUAGCUACUAACGAAGGCGUAGAGACACUGGACCUCAGCUGGAAUCAUCUCCGAAUGAAAGGGGCCGUGGCAUUUUGUGCCGGACUGAAGAGUAACGUGACUCUGAAGUACCUUGACCUGUCCUGGAAUGGUUUCGGUAACGAGGGGGCGUUGGCGCUGGGCGAGGCCCUGAAGUUUAACAACACGCUACUGCACUUGGACCUCAAUAACAACCGCAUCACCAACGAGGGAGUCUUCAUGCUCUGCAAAGGCCUCGAAGCCAACGAGACACUUAGAGCACUGCAGUUGGAGUAUAACUGCCUGACAGUGGAGGGUGCUCUGGCUUUGGUCCAGGUGGUCAAGACCACCCCGAAGAGCGCUCUGGAGGAGAUCAACAUGUCUAACGUGCUGGUGAAUGAGAACUUCGUUCAGCUUCUGGAACUGACGUGUCAUGAGCACCCCAACCUCAACGUGCAGUACGGGGGCGUCGGGGGGUUCAUCGCCAAGAAACCCCCAAAACGCCUCGACCCCAUGAAGGUCAUCCAGGACUACCUAGAUCAGCGUAAGCUGCGCUUGUGGGACUUCUUCCGGAACAUCGACAAGGACGGAACCAUGAGGGUCUCCGUCACCGACUUCCGGAAGGCUGUUUCGCAAUCCAGCAUCCCACUGGACCGCUUCCAGAUAGAGGCGCUGAUACAGAGACUGGACAGAGACCGGACCGGGAUAGUGGACUACAGGGGUCUGGCGGACACGCGUAAGCAGAUGAUGCGAGACCACCGUCGCCAGCUGCGUAAGGUGGAGUCUCGCCAGAAGAAGGAGAAGCAGAAGAGUGAUCGCAUCCUCAAGACGUUCCAGAGCGCAGUGGAGGCCGUCACGCCGCACGGCUCCCUCGUCAUGUCACCAGGGGGCGCCAAAGAUGAUUCGAGUGGUCCGCAACACUUCUCGGCCACGCCCCUCAGCUCCUGGCAUCACAUCAUCAUGUCAAACAGCAGCCGCUACAGCGUCACCAACCUCAGCAGCGAACACGUACACCUGCCACUCAUAGGCAGUACUACGUCCCCCACCACCCUGGCCAUGCACUCCUACUCUCAGCCCAACCUGCAGGACUCCCACUCCCACCACCACCACCACCACCACCCCCAUGCUAAGCCCACCUCAGCCCAGGGCGUGCUCUCCAUCCCCAGCAAACUCAGCCCCAUCAACCACCUGACUCGCUCCAGACCCGCUCUGAACAAAACCAAAACACCCAAGACCAAGAAGAAGAAAAAGAAGAAGAAAGCAGAGAAGGAGAAAGAGAAAGAGAAGGAGAAGGAGAAGAAAGGCCAGACGAGAUGAAAUGGAAAGGACACUCUCUGACAGACAGGCAGACAGACAGAUAGUGAAACAAUUGAACUGGGCUGUGUUUCCCAAAAACUUUUACAGUAAGUGGUACUUAAGGCCUUACGGAAAGUAUCACAUCACUAAAAGUUUAUACAUACAAUAAUCUUUUAGGCCUACAGAAAACAGUUAUUUUCUUGCACAUGCAAAUAAAGUGCAAAGCACAUGUGCGAGGUAUAAUAGUGUAUAUAUAAACAUUUAGUGAUGAUGUGAGACCUGCUGUAUUUCUGAUAUAUUACCAUAGGGGCCCCUCAUACUAAAGUACUACUUAAUCUUAAGUACCACCGUUUCGGGUCUAGCCCAUCAUCAGUUUUCCCAAAAUCAAAAAUCAAAAUCCUUUUGAGUUUGGGAACACUGAUGAUGGGCUAGACCCCGAAAUGUUUGCAUCCCACUUUUUGUUUUGGCUUCUUUUUAUUUUCAGCUUUUAAUACAGUUUCACUGAACAGCAUCAAGCUCCUGUGUGUGACUCCUUUUUAUUCACACUGCAUCAUUGUUUUGAAAUUACGCACCAUGGGAAACACAGCUCUGAAUAUUUGAACCAAAUUGAUUUGUAAAGUUAAAAGGUAGGGUUGCAUGUUAACCAUUUUAAGAAAAUGUACCAUUAUGACAUCACGUUGGGGGUUCCGCAGGCUCAUAGGAGUCUAUGUAGAACCUUAGAAUCCUGGGGGAGUUCCCCCAACGUGAUGUCAUACCUGCAACCCCACCUGGCAUGGGGGUGUGCUGUAUGUCUGUUAUUGUGCUCUGUGUGCAUUUUAGCUGCAACGGAGACUGUGAACAUCUUCCAUUAUGGAGGGACAACAUCUGACAAUCUUCUUAGUGGUGUUGACAAAUGGACAAACCACAUUUGAGACA